UUCGCAGCAGCUGGUUCCCCAAUCCGCUUACAAUCGAGUCACGAUGGCAGAUACACAAUUCGACAGUGCCCUAGACCUCCUCCGUCGCCUCUCCCCACGCGAUACUAAGCGCAAUCUUCAGUAUAUUACCACCCUCGUCCCAGACCUCACAGAAGACCUCCUCGCUUCCGUCGACCAGCCUCUCGAAAUCCGACGCUGCCGCCGUUCACAGAGAGACUACCUCCUUUGCGACUACAAUCGAGAUGGCGAUAGUUACCGCAGCCCUUGGAGCAAUGAGUUUGACCCACCACUUGACGAUGGCACGGUACCAAGCGAGAGAGUGAGGAAGAUGGAGGUUGCGGCGAACGAGGCGUUUGAUGUUUAUCGAGAGUUGUAUUUUGAAGGGGGUGUAGGGAGUGUGUACUUUUGGGACUUGGAUGACGAUGGGUUUGCCGGAGUGGUGUUGUUGAAGAAAGGGAUCACACCGGGUUCUAAGAAUUCAGGGGCUUGGGAUAGUAUUCACGUCUUUGAAGCCACAGACAGGGGACGUAUAUGUCACUAUAAGCUUACGAGUACCGUCAUCUUACAUCUGUCCACCGGCUCAGAAGUGCUUGGGGAUAUGGAUCUGAGUGGUAAUAUGACCAGGCAGAUCGAAGCCGAUAUGCCUAUUGAAGGAGACGCUAGCCAUGUGGCCAAUGUCGGCCGGUUAGUGGAGGAUAUGGAAUUGAAGAUGAGAAAUCUACUUCAGGAAGUAUAUUUCGGCAAGGCAAAAGAUGUCGUCUCCGAGCUACGAAGCAUACAGCCAUUAUCCGAAACAAACAGGGACCGGUCCGCUCACAGAGAUAUGAUCAAUUCAAUGAUGAAAUAGUUAUUCCACUUAGGACCAGUUUUAUGCGAGGCGGUAGACUACCUAGUACCUUGUCCUGCGACACCCGAAUCAUGAUUUACGACGAUUCUUUAAGAUACU